UGUGUUUUUCUUGUUUGUUUUUUUUUUUUUUUAUUUUUUGCCUGCGCAGUUUGGCGCUCUCACGUGUUUGCGCCGACUGCGACGCCGGCCGCGGCUCGUUUGAUAAAUGCAAAGAAAUUCCCAUGCGGCCGUUUAGUACAUUUUCUACAGUUUAUUUUGUGUGCCGCCUACUGUUACAUUUCCUUGGCUACCGCUGCUGCUGCUGCCGCCACUGUUACUCCAACUGCUGCAGCGGCCAUGUAGCAGCUACAGUGGACCAUCCAUUUACUUGGACUCUGCUGUCGCCGCCGCUGCCGCCGUCGACAUCUCCUUGUCGGCGUCGUUUGCUGUGAUAAGCUCAGCUGCUGAAUUGGACGCUGCCAACAGAGAAAGAGCUGCCGUCGCUUGCCUAAAUGUCUGACGAAGUGCCUUUGGGACGUUUAUCGCAAAUUUUUGAUACACUUACCAAUUUACAACAACAACAACUCCAACAACAACAACAACAGCAGCAGCAACAACAACAACAGCAGCAGCAGCAGCAGCAGCUGCAGCUGCAGCAUCAGGCGGCGGCAGCGGAGCAGCGUCGACGUUCGGCCUCCUCAUCGCCGUCACCGUCAGCGAGUGCCUCAGCGUCGACUUCGGGCCGUGCCACGCCCGCCGCAGCGCUGGGCGUGGCCGCCACACAGACGCUCUAUUAUACGCACACACACAACUACUUUCUGCGACCGCAAGAUGGCGCCAGCUACCUGCACACGUUCCCGGCCUCGGCCGCCGCGCAACAUUCCUCUCACUACUAUCAGCAGCAGCAGCAGCAGCAGCAGCAGCAGCAUCAACAUCAGCUGCAACUGCAGCAUCAGCUGCAGCAGCCACCUUCAUUGCCCACCCAUCUGCCGGGGCGGCUGUCGGGCUCCGGCUCUGGUUCGGCGCCCGGUUCCGGCUCCGGCUCUGGGUCACAGUCGUUGCACGGCUCGCCGCUGCUGGCCAAGCGCGCCACCUCGUUUAGCGGACAGAUGCCGUUGACGCGCGCCGCCCAGCUGCAUGAGGCACGCCUUGUGGCCGCCUCGACGCCCAACAGUCCGCGUCUGAUGCCGCGACGUGUGCCACGCCCGCCGCCCAUACCGGCCAAGCCGGCCAAGGAGCUGCAGCCGAACACAGCAGCAGCACCGGUGAAUCCUGUGCUAGCCGCCCUCGAUGCACCCGACGCGCCCUGGCCGCAUUUCUCUACGCUUACCGAACAUCUGAACGUGCAUCAGCUAAACAACUAUGGACAGGCAUUGCCCGAGAUCAAUUGGCAGGAGCGCUGCUUGGAGCUGCAGUUGGAGCUGCAUCGCUCCAAGAACCAAGCUGGUCGGAUUCGUGAUAUGCUGCGCGAAAAGUUAACGGAGCUCGAACAACGCGUCAUCGAAGCGGAAGAACGCGCCGAGGAAGCUGAAGAUAAGGUGCGUGCUAUGGAGCAGCGGCUCAGUGAAUGGCCAAAGCCACCAGCACAACAACAGCAACAGCUACAACAACAGCAACAGCUACAACAACAACAACACUCUCAGCAGGGCACAGCGUCUAGCUCGCCCGUACACCAACAACAGCAACAGGCAAUCGCCGCCGCAGCUUUGGCCGCUGCCUGCCAGCAGAGCGUCUUGGCCAGCAGCACAGGCGGCCCAGCGAGCUUAGGCGUGGGAGUCUGUCUGCCCAGCAACGAGGCGGAGAAAACAAUUAACUCAUUGGAGAUUCAAGUAGAGGAGCAACGGCAGCUUCGACUGCAUGACGCACGCCAGAUCGAGGCAAAGGCCGCCAAGAUCAAGGAGUGGGUGAACAAUAAGCUGCGAGAUCUCGAGGAGCAGAAUCAGUUGCUGCGUGAACAGAAUAUCAAGUGUAAUCAGCAGCUGGAGUUGCUCAAGAAUCACAUUGCCAAUCAAUCGCAGCGACACAGCAUUGUGGGACCUGUGCGGAAUAGCCUGAGCUUGGAUGUGCAGGACUUUGCCAGUACGCCGGAAACGCGACGACGCAGUGAAAGCCUUGAUCCGCAGGAGAUCAUUAGCCGGCCAUUGACCAGCUCCUAUCCGCAUCAUCAGCAUCGACGCAAUCUAUCCAUGGAGCCGCAGGAGCUGGAGCGCAAUCUGGUGGCAGCCGUUGAUGGCCUUACCCUGGCUCCGCUCUCUAGUAUCUCCAGCAAGGCAGCACAGUCGGCUGCGGUGGCGAGCACCCGGCCAGAUAGCUCCGAUACAGACACGGCGCACGACUAUGCGGAAAUCUAUACGCCCUCAUGCGAGAAGCUGCCCGCCUGGAUGAAGAACAAUCCGGCGCUAAUGGCCAGCGGCGGAAAUUCGAGCACAACAACGACCACAACCAGCGAACUGGGCGUGCCAAGGCCGCCGACGCCACCGCUGCAUCGCUUUCCCAGCUGGGAGGCCAAGAUCUAUCAGGUGGCCAACGAUGGACUUGCCGGCAACGGCACCGGCACCAGUACCGCAGAGAGCACCGCUAGUAAUGAGCCAAUCCCGGAUGUGCAGCAGGAGCACAGCCUGACCCUACCGAAUGGACGAACCAGGCAUGGCCAUGAUGCAAAUGGCACGCUGGGCAGCAGCGGCACACCGGGCACACCCCAGCCGCCGACGCGACAGCAACAAACCGCCAGCGGCGGCUUCUGUGAUAUAUCCGUGCCCGUUUAUGCCACGGUCAAGGGGCGUGCCUCUCAAAUACGCUCGAUGCCCUUCACGGGCGACUCCAGUGACGAUUCCAGCGACGGCGAGGAUCAUGCCGUCAUGCUUACACACAAUUCGCACAACUCAUCUAGCACAGACAACACGGAGACCUCCACAUCUGGCAGCGCCUCGAGCCCCUCAAAGAGUCUCAAGACCUCCUCGAGCCUCAGCCCAGCCAAACGCAGCGGCUCCGAGAGCCCUAAAAAUGCCAAGGCCCGCGUCCAAACGCGUAUCUGCAUACAACAACAACAACAACAACAACAACAGACACACCAUUAUCAGCAUCAUCACACGCUGCCACACCCACAGGCGCCGGUGCUGGCGCCCGUGAAGAGUGUACAGAGCACUCUGCCACGCCUACAUACGCCCACUACCACUGGCGCGCAGCUGACGCAACUGCGCGUGAGCCCCCACAUGCGUGGCACAGUAAUUUCAGAUAUUUCCUUUGAAUCAGGCCUCUCCGAUGACUAUGCCCUGCCCCCGGAUGCCGUCUCGGAAUCAACAUGCAUGGACGCCUCGAUGCCAUCGCUAUUGAUGCGCCAGUCCUACGUGGACUCGCCCAGCAAGAAGCUUGAAUCUCUGGAGAAGAUGGGUCACCUGGCCAAGCUGGGCGGCAAACUGAAGACCUGGCGCAAACGCUGGUUCGUCCUGAAGAACGGCACCCUCAACUAUUGGAAGAGUCAGCACGAUGUACAGCGUAAGCCGCAGGGCCAAAUACAGCUGGACGAGGCCUGUCGCAUAAGCCGGGCGGAAGGCGCCUCCACCUUUGAGAUCGAUACGGGCAAGAAGGUCUAUUAUCUGACCGCCGACUCGCAUGCCACCAUGGACGACUGGAUACGCGUCCUGCAGAAUGUGCAGCGACGCAAUGCGACCAAGCUGCUGCUCAGCCGGGAUGACCAGAAGCCGACAGUCCAGGGCUGGGUGACCAAGGUGAAGAACGGACAUGCCAAGAAGUGCUGGUGCGUCCUACUGGGCAAGAUGUUCCUCUACUUCAAGGCGCCCGCUGAGACGAAUCCGCUGGGUCAGAUCAAUAUGCGCGAUGCGCGCGUAGAAGAAGUUGAGCAUGUUUCCGAUUCCGACUCGGAGGAGCGCGAGGAUGCGGCACAGGAUCAGGCGCGUCUCACUGUCGCCAUCUACCCGGCGCAUCAGGGUCCCACGUAUCUGAUUCUAUCCGGCAAGCCGGAGCGCGACAAUUGGCUAUAUCAUCUGACCGUCGUCUCGGGCGGCGGACCCAGUGCGGGUACACAGUACGAGCAGCUGGUCCAAAAGCUCAUGGAAACCGAUGGAGAUCCGAACUGUGUGCUCUGGCGCCAUCCCAUACUGCUGCACACCAAAGAUACGAUCACAGCUCCACUCUCCUCCAUGCACACGGAGACCAUGCAACCGGAGGCCAUAAAGCUAUUCAAGAGCAUUCAGCUGUUCAUGUCGGUGGCCGUCAAUCAGCCCGGCAUCGAUUAUCAUGUGGUGCUCGCCCAGAACGCCCUGCAGCAUUGCCUGGACAUGCCGGAGCUACAGACCGAAAUGAUCUGCAUUUUGAUCAAGCAAACCUCCCGACAUAUGGGCCAGAAACUAAGUGUCGGUGUCCAGGUAAACAAGAAACUGGGCAAGCAAACGCGCCAACUACUAUUGUGCGCCACCCAAAGCCUGUUCACCUGUGAUACCCAACAGGCAGGCCAAGCUCAAGCCAACGGCAGUUCGCCCACAUCAAUACAGGCGCCCGUUUCUACGCCCAUUAUCGACUGCAAGUCAAAUCCGCCCGCGUACAGCUUUGUCCAGGGCUGGCAACUACUCGCUCUGGCCGUCUCAUUGUUUGUGCCCAAAUCCAGUCGCCUGCUCUGGUAUCUCAAGCUGCAUUUGUCCCGCAAUGCGGACACCAAAACGGAGACGGGCAAAUAUGCCGCCUACUGUGAGCGAGCACUGGAGCGCACCCUGAAGAACGGGGGACGCGAGACGAAGCCUUCCCGCAUGGAGGUCCUAUCCAUACUGCUGAAGAAUCCAUAUCAUCACUCCCUGCCGCAUGCCAUACCCGUACACAUGAUGAACACCACGUAUCAGGUGGUUUCCUUCGAUGGCUCCACCACCAUUGAGGAGUUCCAAACAACACUGGCCCAGGAGCUGGGCACCCGCGAUGCCAACAACGGUUUUUGCCUGUUUAGCGAUGAUCCCAUUGAAAAGGAUCUGGAACACUAUCUGGAGCCACUGGCCAAGCUGUGCGACGUGAUCAGCAAGUGGGAGACGGCGCUGCGCGAGAAGGGCUCCGGCAAGUUCGAGAACUCGCGCGUCAUUCAGCUGAGCUACAAGAACAGACUCUACUGGAAGCACACCAUCAAGUGUGAGACGGACAAGGAGCGCCUGCUGCUGUGCUACCAGACCAAUGCCCAGAUCGUGCAGGGCCGCUUUCCGCUGUCACGCGAGCUGGCCCUGGAGCUGGCCUCGCUGAUGUCGCAGAUCGACAUGGGUGACUACACGCACGAGAAGUCACGCGAUGCCGGGCUCAAGGCGCUGGACAAGUUCUAUCCGUAUCGGUAUCGGGAUGCCCUUGGCGCCGAGCAGCUAAAGGAUGUGCAGGAACUGCUCAUAUCCAAAUGGACGCUGCUCAAGGGACGCUCCACGCUUGACUGCGUGCGCAUCUAUCUGACCUGCUGCCGCAAAUGGCCCUACUUUGGCGCCUGCCUAUUCCAAGCCAAGCCGCGCCAAUGUGAGCCGCACGCGGCCACGGGCACGCCCGUCGCCUGGCUGGCCGUUGCUGAGGAUGCACUCAAUGUGCUCGAGCUGUCCACGAUGGCACCUGUCGCGCGUUAUCCGUACAGCACCGUGAUGACCUUCGGUGGCUGCCAGGAUGACUUUAUGCUAGUCGUCUCGCACGAUGACGGCACCCUUGCGGGCGGCUGCGAGCAGAAACUGCUCUUUGCCAUGAGCAAACCGAAGAUAUUGGAGAUCACGCUGCUCAUUGCGGAUUACAUGAAUGCGCUGGGGCACACGGUGCCCGGCACGCCGCAGAUGAAUUCGCUUACCCGCAACGGCUCGCAUCGUUCGCUUCGCACUUCCCAGCGACCCGGUGCUGGUCCUGGUGGUUGUCCUGCUGGUGCCGGUGUCGUUGGCCUCACUGCUGUCGGCGCUGCCGGCAGCAUAACGGGCUUCUCUACGAAUGCAACCACAACGGCCCACAACACGCUCAACUCGCAUGCCACCCACACGCUCAACUCAACCCACUCGCACACGCUGAGUAGCUCGCAUCACGCCGGCGGCGGUUCAGCUGGUGCCGCUGGUGGUGUAGGUGCCGGUAGUGGCAGCCAUCAGGGCACGCUCAACUCGCAAACGGGUGGCCAUCAUCAUCAUCAUCAUCAUCAUCAUCCGCAUCCGCAUCAGCCGGAUAUACUGAAGAGCACGCCCGACCAUCAGCGAAUCAAGUGAGCUGCAAGCAGGAUCAGGCCGUGCACAGAAAUGCACACGUCAACACACACGCAUGCAUAUGUAUAUGAGAGGCAUGCGUGUAGAGUAGCACUUAGAACGCAUUGCGUAGUCUUAGCAACGCCGUCAACUAUGCCGGGCUCUUGCACUUUACGCGCUACUCAACACUAAACAACAACGUUCUUUCCUAAGCUAAGCUAUUAACGGUACUCGUACUCUAAAGCCCAUACAAGCAUACCUAUAUAUGCGUAUAUUGUAAACAGAUUUUUUUUUUUUGAAUAGCUAUAAGCCGUACCCCGCGAUAGGUACAUACCACAUAUAUUCUAUAUAUAUAUCUAUAUAUAUACCAUUUAUAUAUAUAUAUAUAUUAUUCAAUGUGUGUGUGUAUAUUUCUGCUCCUUCUAUGGAUUCUAUUUUGUGAUUUUAUUUUGUACAGCAAUUUGUACAAAUCACUUUUUCGUCACUUUCUUCUUCUGCUUGUUUUUUUUUUUCCUUCUCAAUCUUCUGCUCUUACCUAUGUAUACUCGUACUGUUACUAUGUUCGAUAUUCUUGCUAAUCAGUGCUUCGUCGUGAAUCUCACCUUGUCCCUCCAUGCUCAAUAACUGCCUUUGAAUGUAGAAGACGAAGAAGACAACAACAAACCAAGAUAACGAAACAAGCCAAAAAUAACAAAAAACAACAACAAAAUGAACAAACAUUAGCUAAAGCAGAAAUUGCAAUAAGCAUUAGGUUUACCCAUGAGCACCAGGGUGGAAGAUUUAACAAUUUUAUGACCAUAUUUUGUAUAGAAGUUUUCAUGCCCAGACAUAGGAUACUGUUUUUUUUUUUUGUAUUUUUUUUUUUAUUCAUAAGCGAAAGGAAAUUGGGGAAUUAGAAAACCUAUAAAGCAUAGCACUAGAUAACAUACGUACAGAUAUAUAGACUAGGCAUUAUGAUUUCUGCUCAUGUCAGUCGUGUUAGUUUUGCGUAGAGAGCACAUUAUAUAUUAAUGUUGUCUAGUUAUGAUGUGAAAGGAAGUGUUCAUAUUAUAAACCAUUUAGUACACA